ACGACGAGGCGAGUAUCGAUGCGUAGUGAGCAAUUUGAGGCCGAGCUUGUGGGUUUGAAAGCAGAGUUAUUCCGGAAACAAGAGGCACUCGGCAAAAAACAACUUCAAGAGAACUCUACUACAGUCAAGGCUAAACCUGUUCCUAAGAAAGCAAGUAUCUGGACCAAGAAGAAUGACGGAGUUCAGUCCCGAGCUGAGAAGGAUAAAGUCCUUACAGCAGAAGAAGAAAAUGCAUUGGAUAAAUCAAGGGAGAAGGACGACAAAGAGAAAGCUAUGAAGCAAGAAACACUGCCAGAUUUUCUCUCUAGUGACAUGCAUCGGAAGAUGAUGAGGAAGAAAUGGGAGGCUGAGGAGGAAGAAAUGAGGAGCCGAGGUCCUGGGCCUCUUCACUAUCAGAACCUCAAGUUUGAUGGUAAGGUGUAA